CAACUUUCUUUUAUCCUCGAACACUACUAUCCUCAUUAUAUAAUUACAAACACAUUCACAGCUGAGAAAAAGGCUGCUGCUCAUCUGAAAAAAUGGCGAAGGAGGCGGUGCUGGCCAACGGAAUCUUGCCGGAAAACGAGGAAAAGCCGGCGGUGUUCACCGGAAAAUCAGUCUCAGGAUUUCACUCAAUACUGACAAUGGUGUUGUGGGUGGGCCCAAUUUACUUCAAUGUUUUUACCGUCUUGGCUGCUCUCCUCUUUCUCUCUACUUUCAAUGCCUCCAUAGUACUUGGAUUGCUGCUCAUACUUGCUUUAAUUCCGAUUGAUAAAAAGAGCAAACUGGGACGCAGAUUGGCUAGGUAUCUGUGUAAACAUGUCUGCGGUUAUUUUCCAGUUACUUUACAUGUCGAAGAUAUGAAUGCGUUUGAUCCUAAUCAGGCCUAUGUUUUUGGCUAUGAGCCUCAUUCCGUUUUACCAAUCGGUUCUGUUUCACUUUUUGAUGUAAUGGGUUUGAUGCCUAUUCCAAAAACAAAGGUCCUCGCAAGCACUGCUGUGUUUUACGCUCCAAUUAUGAGGCAUAUAUGGACUUGGUUGGGGAUGAUACCAGCAUCAAGGAAAAACUUUCUUUCCCACCUUUCAUCUGGUGAUAGCUGCAUUGUAGUGCCAGGUGGAGUGCAAGAGAUGUUCUACAUGGAGCAUGGCUCUGAGGUUGCUUUCCUCAAGUCAAGACGGGGAUUUGUUCGCAUAGCUAUGGAGAAGGGAUGUCCUAUAGUGCCAGUUUUUGGCUUUGGUCAGACCGAAGUCUACAAAUGGUGGAGGCCUAAUGGCAAUUUGUUCCUGCAAAUUGGUAGAGCAAUAAGGGCUGCGCCUAUCAUCUUCUGGGGAAUCUGUGGAACUCAUCUACCUUUUCGCAAACCAAUACAUGUGGUGGUUGGUAAACCUAUUAAGUUUGAGAAGAAUCCGCAACCCACUAUGGAAGAGGUUGCUGAAGUACAAAAUCAAUAUAUUGAAGCGAUUCGAGAUCUGUUUGAACGCCAUAAAGCAAGUGUUGGUCAUGCUGAUCUUCAGUUGCGGAUUCUUUGAGAAUGGACAGGCUGUCACCCCUGAUCCUGAUCCACCCCAUAUGAUAAUUCCUUCAUAUUUUAGAACUUGGCUAGUGCCUAUACCUCAUGAAUGUCAUGAAUGAUCCGGCAACUUUAUUGUGUAUUAACUGUUGUCGCCUGUGUUGGCAUAAUAUCCUUAAGAUCUAGUGCGAAAGAGUUCAGCAGUUUUUAAAGAUUUUUUUUUUUUUUUUUUUUGCCAAAGUGAGGUUUCAGCAGUUGCUAACUUUGUUUCUCGAUGA